GCGGCCGGGGCGGGGGGCGCGGCUGCGGCUGCUGGCCCAGCUUCCAAGAGUCCUUCACGCUAGGUUACUCUGUUCAGCUCCCGAGACCCCUGCUGGCCGCGGGCCGCUGGCCUCUGGCCGCUGCCCGCGCCCGGGGAGGUGAGUGGGGAAGGGGAGACGGAGUCUGGGCCAGCGGGGAAUAUCCGAGGGAAGGAAACGAUCCCGGAGGGUCUCUAUGCGCGGAAGAACCUUAUGCGAUUAACAGGAACCGUCCGCACCCGAGGCUGGGACGCGGCGAGGGGAAGGGAGUGGCUUUCAGCAGGCGGGACAGUGGGUCAUUGGGGGUCCGUAGGAUUGCACAGCUGGAUGCCUUAGCGGGCCAAUGGGUACGGAAGGGACUGGGCGGUGGUGGAUGCCGACUGUGCGGGAGCGACAGGAAGGAAAAAGACUGAUUCUAGCGGACGCCACAGGGCCCUUUUCCAUCUGCAGGUGCUCUCUCUCCCUUUCCUCUAAGCGCCGCCCUGAACCAUGUUUUUCACCUGUGGUCCAAAUGAGGCCAUGGUGGUCUCCGGUAAGUGUUGCUCUCCCCUAGCCAGUAACCCCAAAACCCCAGUACAUCUGGCCUCUGUCCCUUCCCCCAUUUCCCUUACAGCUCCCUAGACCAAUUCUGCCUCCUGAUGGCAGCAUGCCACACUCACUUGUCAUUCCCAGCCACUACCUUUUUUUUUUUUUUUUACCCUUGCAGACCUGGGCUGCCCCCCCGCCCCCCCCCCACUUCCCAGGUUCCCGCCAAUGUAUUGUUCCCACCUCUCAGUUCUUUAGAAUCUUCCACAUCCCAGCUUUCCCACGGCCAGGAUGACCCCUCACUGCUCCUCACCUUGUAGGUUUCUGCCGAAGCCCCCCUGUCAUGGUGGCAGGAGGACGCGUCUUUGUCCUGCCCUGCAUUCAGCAAAUCCAGAGGUAGGUAGGAAGAGAACCAGGGAAGGGGAACCUCCAUUUUUCUCUCUCUCUUCCUUUUCUCACUGUCUGUACCUUCUUUUUUCCCCUAGGAUCUCUCUCAACACACUGACCCUCAAUGUCAAGAGUGAAAAGGUUUACACUCGCCAUGGGGUUCCCAUCUCAGUCACUGGCAUUGCCCAGGUGAAAAUCCAGGGGCAGAACAAAGAGAUGUUGGCGGCUGCCUGCCAGAUGUUCCUGGGGAAGACUGAGGCAGAGAUUGCCCAUAUUGCACUGGAGACAUUGGAGGGCCACCAGAGGGCCAUCAUGGCCCACAUGACAGUGGAGGAGAUCUAUAAGGACAGGCAGAAAUUCUCAGAGCAAGUUUUCAAAGUGGCCUCUUCAGACCUGGUGAACAUGGGCAUCAGUGUGGUUAGCUACACUCUGAAGGACAUUCACGAUGACCAGGACUAUUUGCACUCGUUAGGGAAGGCUCGAACUGCUCAGGUCCAAAAAGAUGCUCGAAUUGGGGAAGCUGAGGCCAAGAGAGAUGCCGGGAUCCGGGAGGCCAAAGCCAAGCAGGAAAAGGUGUCUGCCCAGUACCUGAGUGAGAUUGAGAUGGCCAAGGCCCAGAGAGACUACGAGCUGAAGAAGGCUGCUUAUGACAUCGAGGUCAACACCCGCCGAGCACAAGCUGACCUGGCCUAUCAGCUUCAGGUGGCCAAGACUAAGCAGCAGAUCGAGGAGCAGCGGGUCCAGGUGCAGGUGGUGGAGCGGGCCCAGCAGGUGGCAGUGCAGGAGCAGGAGAUCGCCCGCCGAGAGAAGGAGCUGGAAGCCAGAGUGCGGAAGCCUGCAGAAGCUGAGCGCUACCGGCUGGAGCGCCUAGCGGAGGCAGAGAAGUCCCAGCUGAUCAUGCAGGCAGAGGCUGAGGCCGAGUCUGUGCGGAUGCGUGGGGAAGCUGAGGCCUUUGCCGUGGAGGCCCGAGCACGGGCAGAGGCUGAGCAGAUGGCCAAGAAAGCAGAAGCAUUCCAGCUGUACCAGGAGGCGGCUCAGCUGGACAUGCUGCUAGAGAAGCUGCCCCAGGUGGCGGAGGAGAUCAGUGGCCCCUUGACUUCAGCCAAUAAGAUCACACUGGUGUCCAGUGGAAGUGGGACUAUGGGAGCAGCUAAAGUGACUGGGGAAGUACUGGACAUCUUGAGCCGCCUGCCAGAGAGUGUGGAGAGACUCACAGGUGUCAGCAUCUCCCAGGUGAACCACAACAAGCCUUUGCGAACAGCCUGAGCCUCCAGCCCUCUCUGAUGCCAAGCCUCAUUGUUCCACGUUGCCUGAAGCGUCCCCAUAUUGCAUGCAGCCCAACUAGCCUCCCCAAGCAUGCCCUUUGAAAGGAGGGCACUACCCCUCAUACCUCCUUGCCAAAUCACCCGUGCCUUGCCUUGGAGUGGGGAGGGCUUCUCCCUUUGUCAACCCCACACUGCCAGGACUGCCCUCUCCAGGGGCCGCAUGCCAACCUGCUCAUCAUUAUCCUGCGCCUCCCCCCUCAGUUUAAUUGACUUGAGCCGGUGGUCUACAAUUCUCCUGAUCAAGACUGAGGGAUGGUCUGGAGGCUCUCAACUUUACAGGCCAAAAACAUUGUUAAUAAGUACUGAUACUUAUGAACAAUUAAUAAAGCAAAACGGAUUCAAAAUGAAUUGUUACAAUGUAGCUUACUCCCUUGUGUUUCACUAGGCUUUCUAAAAUGGGAGAAAAGUUACUUAGAUGCUGUUACAAGUUGUAGAGUCAAUGUGGUUUUUUUUUCCCCAAAAGCUUAGUCAAGAAAGCUGUUGAAGUAGAAGGAAUGUUGAGAAAACUGCAUUACUCCCUAGAAUUACUACCAAUAUGGCCAACAGAAAUAAUUAUGGACUGUUCAGGUUCCAGGAUAGCUUCAGGACGGUUAUUUUGUGUAAUGAGAAGCAUGAGGAAUUACGAAGACCAUAAAAAUAAACAGUUGCCCUUGAGUCGACUCCAACUCCUGGAGACCCCAUGUAUGUCGCAGAACUAUGCACCAUAGUUUCAAUGGCUGAUUUUUCAGAAGAUUGCCAGGCUUUUCAUCAGAGGCACAUCUGGGUAGAUUCAACCCUCCAACCUUUUGGUUAGCACCACCCAGGAACUCCAGGUAGACUAUCCAAAAAUAAACUAAACCCACUGUCAUCAAGUAGAUUCCAACUCAGAGCAACCUUAUAGGACAGAGCAGAACUGUCCCAUAGGGUUUCCAAGGAGCAGCUGGGGGAUUUGAAUUGCCAAACUUUUGGUUAGCAGCCAAGCUCUUAACCACCAUGCCACCAGGCAAGGUGUUAUUUUAAAUUAGGACCAUCAAGACAUCCCCUACUAAUCAUCUUUGUCUGAGUGACUAGAGAAAACAAGUCUAAAUACCCAUAACCAAGAUCCUGGGUAGUCUCCAAGUUGGGAAAAUGCAAUACAGUGCUUAUUCAACCUGAGCAAUCGUGAUCUCCUGGGACUUGUUAAAAACAGCUUGCUGGACUCCAACUCCACUGAUCAGUAUAUCUGGGUGGGGCUGAGAAUCUGUACUUCCCUCAAGUUCCUAGGGGUUGCCAAUAAUGCUGGUCUGGGAACCACCUUGAAAGCCAAUGACAGACAUUUGACAUUUACCUCAGUUCCCAUUUUCCUUCCCUAGGCCUGACAUUCUGAGCCUAUCCCUUAGUAAGAUUGGCACUGGCAGGUUUGGCAGGGGCGGGGUGAUGCCUUGGGUACCAGGAAUAAGAUAUGAUGAGGGUCAGUUAAGUAUUAUGAUACUCUCAUCGGCCUAAGAGCAGAAGGUGCAAAGUUAAAACUUGGGCCCCAUGCUUUGCCCACCAUCUUUCCCUAAAUGAGCACACAUUUUGCAAAGUUUUCUUGUUUUCAUUUCCCAUUUAUUUUUGGCUCUUGGGGCAAUGUCAUCUUUUCAAUAUGAAAAAAAGCAAGGUCAACACAAAUAGAAAUUUGAAGUGUCGAAAGAGGAAAAAAAGGAUAGAAAUUUUAAAAAAGCAAUAGCAAAUUGAAGAGAUGAGAUAUUGCAAGAUGACGGAGUGUGUCCCGUUCCUUCUCCUCUGGGGAAUCAACUCAAACCUGUAUAUUGCAGUAUGCACCUUGCCAUGUCAGGACUGUUAUACUCCCCGCCUCUUUUUUUUGGAUAAGAAAAGGCUGGGGUAGGGAAGACCUUUCUGGAUGCUUCAGGACCAAGGCUGGUCUAUCUUCCCCUUUCCUGAGCCAAGGGAGGAAGAAGUCCAAUGUGGGAGGGAGGUGAAGUGGGGGAGGUAAGGAUCCCACUUGACCAAGCGUGGCAGACCCCUCCAAAGGAAAACUGGAGGUCAGGACAGCCUGGAGGAAAACUGAAAAUGGAGAUAAUACUGUUAACACCUCCCCUGAAGCUGAGAAAGGAACAGGGAAAUACCUGGUGAUGGCUAAAAGAGCCUGGAUUCCCCUCUUUAAAUCUGUUCUAGAAUGGAAAAUCCCACCCCUUUCCUUCUGGUGACUUCUACCUGCUAUGAAUUAGCUUGGUUUCCUUUCCCUUGGCUACCAUGGGCUCAUCCCUUGCACUGAGGAUGGUGGCCAUCUGGGUUUACAGCACACAGUUCUAGAUGGGAUCUGAAUGAAAGCCAGCUUCCUGGAGAAUUACCUUAAAAACACAGAUGGAAAUAUUAACUGGACAGAUGGGAGCAAUAGGCACCAGAAGGAAAUACAGGGUUACCCAGAUGGCAGAAAUCUAGGUUUCUCAGAGUGGAAAAAGAGAGGAGACAUUCAACAAACAACAAAUAUUUAUUGAGCGCCUACUAUGUGCCAGGCACUGUUCUAGAACCCCCUCAAAGGGGAAAAAAAAAAAAAGAGGCAGAAAAUGCAAAUUCUGAGGGAAAGGAAAGGGGCAGUUGAGGAAGAAGGCUGAGGGAGCUGAGAAGCCUGAGGUGAUGGGACUGCCUUAGGCCUCCUCUUCAGCCUCCUCACCGAAAUCCUCUUCCUCUUCUGCAGUGGCAUCCUGGUACUGCUGGUACUCAGAGACGAGGUCAUUCAUGUUGCUCUCAGCCUCAGUGAACUCCAUCUCGUCCAUACCCUCACCUGUGUACCAGUGGAGGAAGGCCUUCCGACGGAACAUGGCAGUGAACUGCUCUGAGAUGCGCUUGAAGAGCUCCUGGAUGGCCGUGCUGUUACCAAUGAAGGUGACUGCCAUCUUGAGGCCACGGGGCGGGAUGUCACAGACAGCCGUCUUGACGUUGUUGGGGAUCCAUUCCACAAAAUAGCUGCUAUUCUUAUUCUGUACGUUGAGCAUCUGCUCAUCCACCUCCUUCAUGGACAUCCGCCCACGGAAGACAGCAGCCACAGUGAGGUACCGGCCAUGGCGGGGGUCACAGGCAGCCAUCAUGUUCUUGGCAUCGAAGACCUGCUGGGUGAGCUCAGGCACAGUGAGGGCCCGGUACUGCUGGCUGCCACGGCUGGUUAGUGGGGCAAAGCCAGGCAUGAAGAAGUGGAGACGUGGGAAAGGCACCAUGUUGACUGCCAGCUUGCGGAGGUCAGCAUUGAGCUGGCCAGGGAAGCGGAGGCAGGUGGUGACACCGCUCAUGGUGGCUGAGACAAGAUGGUUCAGGUCUCCAUAGGUUGGCGUGGUCAGCUUGAGAGUGCGGAAGCAGAUAUCGUAAAGGGCCUCAUUAUCAAUGCAAUAGGUCUCGUCAGUGUUCUCUACCAACUGGUGGACAGAGAGGGUGGCAUUGUAGGGCUCAACCACAGUGUCGGAUACUUUGGGUGAGGGCACCACACUGAAAGUAUUCAUGAUGCGGUCAGGAUACUCUUCACGGAUCUUACUGAUGAGCAAGGUGCCCAUCCCAGAGCCUGUGCCUCCGCCAAGUGAGUGGGUCAGUUGGAAGCCCUGCAGGCAGUCACAACUCUCAGCCUCCUUCCGCACCACAUCCAAGACAGAGUCGACCAGCUCGGCCCCCUCUGUAUAGUGGCCUUUGGCCCAGUUGUUGCCUGCCCCAGACUGACC